AUGGGUUCAUGUGCAGGGGCCAAGUGUGGAGCAAUUAACUCGUCCAGUCUCUUACCCGAACUAGAGGAAGGAAACCAAUACCCUGGAAAUACAGCUUGUGUGGAGUCCUGUGGGGGGCCCGGUUGCGACCGUUUUUACCCUAGUUCAGAAUCUACCUUCAACCGGAAACCGUGUAAAAUCUUCCACUUCAACCGAUGGGCAAGCUUCGCGAAGGUAGAAAUAAGUCACUUUGAAGGAAAAACAUUCCGGCUUACCCUCACUUCACUAGCUCUUCCGCCCAUUCCUCUCUUCAAUACUCACUUUAUUUCGGACUCCCCGCGUACCGCUGUAUGGAAAAGAGAUCAUCACCCAGCAUUGCGAUGCCCCAAUUUCAUCAGCGCGGAACAAUUCAACUGUGAAGUGUUUGAUGAGUGUACAUGCGUACCAGCUGAGCUUCAUGUAAAUUGCAGAUACACGAGCUUUUCAAUAGCCGAUUGGUUCAAUAACACGAGAAAUCACUUACCAGUGGUUUUUCCAGCACUAAGCUUUUUCCCGCACGACAAGUCGAAAGUUCAGGCAAGAGUUUCUUCUAUGGUUAGUGCAGAAAUCGUGGUCACCUUUCAAACGGCCUAUAAACCAGAAAUUCUGAUUGAUGACGCGACCUGCAGAAUAUCUGACUCCGACCUCAGAGGUUGCUAUGGUUAUGCUAAAGGAGCCUUCAGUAAAGUAACCUGCUUGGGCUCACGGGACAAUGUACAAGCCGAGGUCAGAUGCAAUGAAAUGGGUUUCACUAUUCCCUGCAACACAACAGGAGCCACUUCCACGCUACGGUUCGCGUUCACCACAGCCCGCAUUUCUCUGACCUGCUCUGUUUCGUGCGGCAAUACCCACAGUUCUUCAAAAUCGAGGUAUUCUCAAAUUUAUCACGGUUCCAAUUUUCGCACAAUGGUACAAAACAUCCUCAUCACAAUGAUAGGCCUCGCUAUAAUUGUUGUAAUAACCUACAUUUUCCUCUCCACCUGUGGGAUGCGAAUUCUCAUAUGGAUUGUUACGCUAGUCCCAAAAAUAUUUUUUACACGCAUCAAUCACAAUGUCCCAAGACUACUUGUCCGAACUGAUGUUCCUCUCCUUCAUCAACGCCAGGUAGCAAAAGACCUUGAAACGGUCCUCGCCGACAGCCUCACAGUCAUCAUGGUCGACUCCGAGAAAAUACCAGCAUAUAAGAGAAAAGAAUGGCUCGAGAAUGGUACGGAUCACAGUACAAAGGCAGAAGACGUGUUUUCAGCAGUAACCGAGCACAUGCAAAAACUAGACCAAUACGUAGCCGCAAUAGAAGCAGAGCUCGCCAAGGCGGAAAGGCGACUCAAAGACGAGAAGUGUUGGGAGCAGUUUAAACGAACAGUAACAGAGGGACAAGCAAAGAAGAUGGAAGUGGAGAAAAUGGAUGCCGACCCCCCCCCCCCGGCGGAAAGCUUGCCCAGUAAUCCCGAGAUGCAGGCAGUAACGGACGAGUACCUUGAUCGGCUCAUCCGAGAGAACAAGGGAAUGGAAGAAGAAGAGGACUGCCGCGUCGAUCAGAAGGAGCACUAUGAUCGCCCCUCAGACGAAGAUGCUCCAGGGCCUUCCCAUAGACAGAAGAGCGAGAAUUGGGGCUCAAUAGUCACGUCCACCGCUAUAUAUAAGCUUCACAAUAUCUCUUAUGGGGAUUCUUGGGGUUUUCCACCAGUACUUCUUCCACGGCUCCAUCGUCAGAUCGGUCCCGGUAGGCCGAAAACGUCGUCCAGCGCAUCUGCGUCAUUCAUUGAUCCUACCACGGAAACUCUUCAUUAG